AUGGCGUCCGCAUCAGUCUACUACAAGUUCAAGUCGCAGAAGGAGCCCUCGAGGAUCACCUUUGACGGCACCGGCAUCAGCGUCUGGGACCUCAAGCGCGAGAUCAUUCUGCAGAACAAGAUGGGCAAGGGCAUCGACUUUGACCUCGGCAUCUACAACGCCGACACCGAGGAAGAGUACAAGGACGACAACUUUAUCGUGCCGAGAUCGUCGCAGGUCAUCGCGCGCCGCCUUCCGCCCUCGAAGCCGGGUCGAGGCACCGCACAGAUGUACGUCGCGGAUGCUGCCGGUGGCGGUGGCGGCGGUGACAGCGGACGCUUCGCCGGCAACACCAAUGCUGGCGGUGUCAAGGCCGGCGACAGCCGGGGGCCAAUGUACCGCGGUCCGAUGACGAUGCGCUUCGAUCAGAAGGACGGAGGCGCACCGAGCCAGCCCUCGUCCAAUGCUCAGCCGGUCGUCUCAUCCGUGGCCAUCGGUGGCAACUCAACCGAGGCCGACAGCAUCGCGGCCAUGUUUCAGGCUACGACGGCGCAGUGGGACGAGACGCAAGAGCGCAUGUCACAUGCAACAUAUCGGGACCGAGGUGGCGCGCCGCGCCGUGGAGGGCCGCCACGACAACACAUGGCCUCUCAGCGCCCGCCGCAGCACUCGGAUCGGCCACCGCCCACAGGCUAUAUCUGUUUCCGCUGCGGCCAAAAGGGCCACUGGAUCCAGGAGUGCCCCACCAACGACGACCGCGACUUUGACAACCGGCCACGCUUCAAGCGGACCACCGGUAUCCCAAAGAGCAUGCUCAAGACGGUCGAGCAGCCCACCGACGAGCAGAAGCAGGCGGGCGUCAUGGUCACCCCGGACGGCUCGUACGUCGUGGCACAGCCAGACUCGGAGACGUGGCGCAAGAACCGUGCGCGGUCCAAGCUCCUCACCCAGUCCGACGUGUACCAGCUGGUGCCCACGGAUUCGACGCUCGCCUGUCCACUCUGCUCCAAGCUGCUGCGCGAUGCGGUGCAGACUCCGUGCUGCUCGACGCGGUAUUGCGAGGAAUGCAUCCAGACGCACCUGCUCGAGCACGACUUCACCUGCGCCGAAUGUGACAAGCGCAUUCCGGACCUCGAGAAGCUCAAGGCGGACGACGAGACGCGGCAAAAGGUGCGCGACUACGUUCAGCAGGCCAUUGAGAAGAGCGAGCGGGAGGUCGAGGAAGAGAACAGGCGCGACGAAGCCGGAGCGGGCAACGGCACCACGGGCGACGGCAAGAACGGCGACAACGGAGCGAGUGGCAAGCCGGACCAGCAGCCACGCGAGGGCUCCGCUGCUCGAUCGACACCCGGGCCUGGCACCGGCACCGGGCCGGCAGCCGUCACCAAGCACGCCUUGCCCUCGAAGCCGCAAGUGGAUGGCGCCGUCUCCGCCACGCCGCCUCACGGCGUUCGCGACGGUCGCAGUCCCUCUUCCACGGGCCGUUCUGCAAGCGCCAACCCUCACGACGGCGGCGGCGGCAACAUGAUGGGCGGCAUGGGCAUGAACGGCGGCAUGGGCUGGAACCAGAACGGCGCUGCUGGUGGCGGCGGCAACGGCGUCCAGUUCAACCCGCAGGCAGUGCAGCAGAUCAUGAUGAUGCUCCAGAACCCGCAGCUGGCGCCGCCGAUGCGGAUGCAGUUGCAGAUGCAGCUCCAGAUGCAGCAGUUUGCCUUUAUGCAGCAGAUGCAACAGCAGCAGCAGGGCAUGAUGGGCGGAAUGGGCGGCAUGCCUGGCAUGGGAGCGAUGGGCGGCAUGGGGAUGAACAUGGGCAUGGGGGGAGCGCCUGGCGGGCCUGGAGGGAUGGGCAUGAUGGGCGGUAUGAACCAGGCCCAGCAGUGGGGCGGCAUCGGCGGUCCACCCACCAACCCCUACAGCGUCCGACAGCCGCCGAGCAACGAACAGUCGGCCUACAUGCGGCUGCCCGUCAACAACAAGAGGAGCCACGGUCAGAAACGCGACCGUCCGACCGACUUUCUCGAGGUGGCCGGCACGGGGCAGCCGUCUCGAGGCGACGACGGCGGUCCGUCCAAGAACCCACGCACCGGCUAG